UGAAAUGUCAAUGAUCAAUCAUCUACAUGUCUUUUUAUGGUUGAAAGUGUCCUUAUCUCUCAUUAUAAGUCGAAGAGUUGAUUACCUUUUGUUGGAAAAGAACUAAGCAUUCCUGUUGGUCAAUAUAAAUUGGAUUUUAGAAUCAAAUCAUUGAAAUGUUUGAAUGACAAAUGCUCAUGUUUUUGGAUGUUUGUUGUAAUUUCUAUUCUUUCAUAAACUCAGCUAUCAAACAUUUAUAAUUUGUCAAGCAUACAAUGACUAUGUGCUAUGUAAAUUGGUUUUAAAAUCAAAUUAGAUGAACACCAUGCAUAUUUGAUACUCUCAAGUCUCAAUGUAGGAGCCAUAUAGAGGCAGAAUUCAUUCUUUGACUAAAGAGGUGUAAUUAGAGUAAACACCCAAAAUUGGUUCCCAAUGAAUUUCAGAUCAAAUACUUUGGUCCCCAACAAACUUUCAUUACUGUGGAAAUCCCUAACAAAUUCUGAGGGACUUCUAGAGUAAUAAAAAUUUGUUAGGGAGCAAAGUGUCCAUUUUGGACAUUUUUGGGGACCAAUAUGAGUGUUUACUUGUAUAAUUCAUUGGUUGUAAUUGAGGAGAUGUGCAUAAGGGCUGUUGCAGAUUGCUUUUAAUAGCAUGGCAUCAAGUAAUCCAUUCUUUGACGAUAUAAGGACCAAAACUGAAGUUGAUCCCCCUCAAAAUGAGGAGGCAACAGAUGUUAGUGAAUUAGUAAAUGAUCCUGCCCUAACUGCUCUCAAACCUAAUGGGACUGUUUCAAGCAGUGUUCGUGAGCUUUUAGAGUGUCCUGUAUGCUUGAAUGCAAUGUACCCUCCAAUCCAUCAGUGUUCAAAUGGCCACACGAUAUGCUCAGGUUGCAAACCAAGGGUCCACAAUCGGUGCCCUACUUGUAGGCAUGAACUUGGCAACAUCAGAUGUUUAGCACUAGAGAAGGUGGCUGCAUCUUUGGAACUUCCUUGUAAAUAUCAAGGUUUUGGGUGCAUUGGUAUCUAUCCAUAUUAUAGCAAGCUGAAACACGAAUCCCAGUGUGCAUAUAGACCAUAUAACUGUCCAUAUGCUGGUUCAGAAUGCUCAGCGAUGGGUGAUAUACCCUACUUGGUGGCCCAUUUGAAAGAUGAUCACAAAGUGGACAUGCACAAUGGUAGCACUUUUAACCAUCGUUAUGUAAAAUCAAAUCCACAAGAGGUUGAAAAUGCCACAUGGAUGCUCACGGUUUUCAGCUGCUUUGGUCAGUAUUUUUGUCUACACUUUGAAGCUUUUCAGCUAGGAAUGGCUCCUGUCUACAUAGCCUUUUUGCGAUUUAUGGGUGAUGAUAACGAGGCAAAGAAUUAUAGCUACAGUCUAGAAGUGGGUGGAAAUGGGAGGAAAAUGAUUUGGCAGGGUGUUCCUAGAAGCAUUAGGGACAGCCAUCGCAAGGUUCGUGACAGUUUUGACGGUCUCAUAAUUCAGAGGAAUAUGGCUCUAUUCUUCUCUGGCGGCGACAGGAAAGAAUUAAAGCUAAGGGUUACCGGUAGGAUCUGGAAAGAACAGUGACUGUUUAGAGAGAUUGUGUCCUAGCAGCAAUGAUAUUAGAGUGAAGUAGUUUGUAGCGCAGCGUAUUUCUUAUAGUGAUGAAUAUUCUGGUCAUGUAUUCUGUUUUGUCAUGUCAUUUUGGGGGCAAACACUCUUUGCUAAUCCUUGUAUCAAAUACAUGAACAAGAAGUAAUGGUGUAAUGUACGAUCACUAUGAUAAUUGCCAAUAGAGACGUAGAACCUUAGCCUGCUC